UGGCUUUUUGAAGGUGGUGAAGAUGCAGAUAAGCCAAGGGAUCAAAACUUUGGUGGGGGUAAUUUGAAAAUUGACAUAUCAGAAGAACUUGCUCGGAUUGCUGAUAUGGAAGCAAGGUUCAAGUGCUCAAAACAGGAGGUUGAAAGAGCUAUUGUAGCCUGUGAGGGUGAUCUUCAGAAGGCUGCUGAAAGCUUAAGAGCAUCAAAGCAAGAUCCACCUUCUGUAUCACUUAAGCCAGAAGAAACUGGCGAUCCUCCAACUGGUACUAAUGGCAAGCUUCCAGUUUCUGUUAGUCAGAACUUGAGGCCACAAAUAAAACCAAAUCCUCUUCCUACUAUACAACAAAGAAGGGAUGAUAAGGAAUUUAACUAUACAAAACAAGCAGCUGCAGUUGGAGGGUCUAUAGAAACUACAAGUAAAACUCUGCAGCCUCUGAAGAGAGGACAGCCAAAGAUGGAGUGGGCAAAACCCCAACAGACACCAGUUCCUGCUGAAAGAAGGUGGUCAAAUUCUGCAUCGAAUCCUUCAGUUUCAUAUUCAUUGGCAUCACCUUUACAGGUCUCAUCUCCACCAGUCAAGACGGAAACUCGUUAUGUAGCUGUUGGGGGCGACUUAAAGAACCUUCAGCCUGGAACUGUGAGGGAACCCAUUAUUAUGAUGCAGCGUCCUCAAUCUGUCAAUACAAAGCAAUUGGUAUCCGCUACCACUAGUAUGAGUUCAUCACCUCCUGGAUCCGCUACCAAUUGGUAUCCUUCUACUAGUGUUGAAAUGAUGAGGUCCAGUGGCUUUUUGCCCCACAUUCCUAGCAAUUUGAGUUCAAAUCAGAUGUACCAUCAGUUUCAGUAUCAACAACAGCAGCAGCUUGUUCCUGGAAGCAGCCCAGCUGAUCCCACUGGAACAAGCCGAGGGAAUAACAUAUGGAGUAGAGCAGGUGCUUCUCCAACACUUGCUGCUGCUUCCUCCCUUGGACUCUUCUCAGGGUUGGGCUCAGCUGGCUCAUCAGGGGCAUCUGCUCCGGCAGACUGGAAUGCUGGUGGCGGCUCAUGUGGACAUAUAGAUUACACAAACAUUGACUGGAGUUUGGAUAGAGGUCUGUCUUCGCCAAGGCCCAACGGGUUGUGGACAGGACUGCCUUCUAUCAUGAAGAGCAAUAUCAACUUCUAUGAUCCAAAACCUGCUGGGUUGGGUGGUCAGCCUGGAAUCAGAACGGCAUCCUCAAACAUGAAUGUUGUUUCCUUUGUGGGACUGCAGGAUGGAGCUGCUAAUGGUGAAGCAUCA